AACUCGUCCCUGACGCGCGUCCACGUCCUUGUGUCAGUUGAGGUUUUGGAUUUCUGUGCACUCGCGGUCCAGCGUUGCGUAUCCCCUCAGCAAACAUGUCCAAGUUGGAGCAGGUCCUCGUCCUCGAUCCUCCAACUGAUCUCAAAUUCCGAGGUCCCUUCACAGACGUGGUCACGGCCACCCUGAAGCUGACGAACCCAUCAGACCGGAAGGUGUGUUUCAAAGUGAAGACCACAGCGCCCCGCAGGUACUGUGUGCGGCCCAACAGUGGCUCCAUCGACCCUGGCUCCUCCCUCACCAUUUCGGUUAUGCUACAGCCGUUCGACUACGAUCCCAAUGAGAAAAGUAAACACAAAUUCAUGGUGCAGACCAUCUUUGCGCCCAGCGCCGUCACAGACACAGAGACGAUGUGGAAAGACGCAAAGCCCGAUGAGCUCAUGGAUUCCAAGCUCAGAUGCGUGUUUGAGCUGCCUUCUGAAAACGAUAAGCUGAACGACUCUGACGUCACCACUGGCAGAGCCGGGCCCCUGCUCAACUCCUCCAAGCUGGACGGGCCGGCCGCGGCGAAGCCAGCCAGCUCCGCCCUCGACGACACGGAGAUGAAGAAGGUGAUGGAGGAGUGCAAGCGGCUGCAGGUGGAAGUGGGCAAGCUACAAGACGAGAACCGGCAGCUCAAGGACGACGGCUUGAGAUUGAGAAAGGCCCAGCGGCCCGAGCACACAGCCCCCAACUCCAGCUCUCUGAUCGGCCGAGAGGUGUCCGCCAGUUCGCUCCCCUCGCUCCUGGUCGUCAUAGCAGCCAUCUUCAUCGGAUUCUUCCUCGGCAAGUUCGUCCUGUAGGUGGACGCGAGGGGGGGGGACGUCUUGCGUGUCUGCCAGCCUGUCCACCGCUUCCAGAGAGAGAAAGGGAGAGGGAGUGAUCCAUCACGUGGUCUGGAUGAAAGGAGAAUGUCUUUCUGUUGGCUUUGCCAUAAUCAUUGGUAGCUGGGCCAGUGGCAGCGCACGCAUCUGUGUGGGAUCAUAGCGUGGGCCUUACCUUCCUCAGCCUCACACACGGUUAGAACGACAGGAGGGGGAGGGAGAAAGAUGAGAAGAGAAGCAGAACAGGAGAUAACAUUUCUCCCUUCUCCCUCUCUGUCUUUUUCCAUUUUGUUCUUUUCUUUGUGCGAUGGACAGAAGGAUAAAUCAAGCAGGUUUAUUGCACAGCACUGGGUUUAAGAGGGCAGCAGUUCAGACAGAGUGAUGCACCGUCACAUGAAAGGAAGACGAGCGAGCCACGUCUCUGAGACAUUCACUAGAAAGGUGUAAUAUAAACAUUUAGACCCCCUUCCCCCACACCAACCACUCUCUUCCUCGUUUUAUUAAGAGUUCAGUGAAAUGUUAGGUGUCUUGUAAAUGUAAUUUUAAUCCUUUUUAAGUGAAGGAAAAGAAACUUCCAUCAAAACAAAUAUCCAAAA